AUGACAGAUGUAUCAAUCGCACAGGACAUCAGCAAAAACGAAGAGGUUUAUUGGGUAAAAUCAGUACUUGCACUGAAGAUCACAUCACACGAGGCUAUGGCAUAUUUAGCGAGGUCAAUUUUCAAACAGUUUUUCAACAGUUUGAAUUUUUAUGAAAAAAUUAACCUUGAAAAUUUGCUAGAUAUCGCUCAAAAUAGACACAAAGACUACAAAUUAAGGCGAGUGAAAGAUCGUCGUGUAUGGGUGGUAAACUCACCAGAGUGUAAGUCUUUGUUGGAGAAGCUUGUGUCAGCUCAUUGGGAUCCAGCAUUUGUUGAAUGGGACAAUAUUGGAGAUACUAAUGUGGAAAGGUACUGGAAGAUCGCAAAGUUAUACAUGCCACACGGAAACAAGGAUAGCACUUGUCCAGAGGAUACAGACAUGAUAGCAAUAUUUCAUAUGUUGAGAAACUUCAAAGUGAAAGAUUUUGCUGAGGAGAGGAAAGAAAUAGAUGAGAUGAUUUGUCAUGUGAACUAUUUAUUACGUACUCUCGACAACAAAAUUUCAGAAACAAAAAUGUCUUCAAUACUCGAGAAUAUUUACCAAUUCAUGAAGAGUACUGAGUUGAGUGAAGGUAUCAAAUCAAAGACAAAGGAUAAACUUCAAAAGGUUCAACUCAUAUCGAAUUGCGACGAAUGGUACAAGAAAAUUCUACCUAAACAAAAAGCAGGUCUUGCACUUGAACGGGACAGAAAUAAUCAAUUCUUGAACAUCACGGAAAAGCUACUUGUCGAAUUUUCAAAAGAAAUAAGAUAUACAAUGGAACCAGCAUAUUACAAACCUUUGUCGGAUAAAAUAAAAGACGCAACAGCAGGAAGGGAUAUUGGAACAACAGGAGGAGCGGGUAGUUUAUUAUAUGGUUCGACAUUAGAUGCGACUGCUGGUGAAACAUCGUAUCUUUGGAAAAAAAGAACAGUAAACCCGCCUAGCCAAUCAUCUGACCAAGAACACAAAAAGUCGACGCAGAGAAGGUACCGUUCGCCCUAUAAUGAUAAAGGUUACAUUGAAAGCCAACCUGACAAAUCAACUGAUGAUCAAUCACCUGACAAAGAACACAAAAAAACAAUUCAGAGAAAGUUAAGUUCGUCUGAUUCUGUUGGAGGUAAAAUUGAAAGCCAACCUAGCCUAUCAGAUCUUGAAAUUGAACGAUACUUUAACAUCAGGGAAAAGCUACUUGUCGACUUAUCAAAAGAAACAAGAUUUACCAUGAAACCAGCAUACAACAAACCUUUGUCGGAUAAAACUAAAGACGCAACAGCAGGAAGAGAUAUUGGAACAAUAGGAGAACCGGGUAGUUUAUUAUAUGGUUCGACAUUAGGUGCGACUACUGGUCGAACAUCGUAUCGUCGGAAAAGUAUGAGUAAUGUUCCAUUUGGACAUAAUUUUGUUAUUGUAACAAUUUAUAAGAAUGUCGUCAAAGUUACAAAAAUACAAAUACUGCCCAUUUAA